UAUAGCUCGAUGGCCUCAGUUUCAACUCGAAGUAAACGGAAUGAGAUGGGCUCUCAAAAAACAUAUAUGUGUAAACGGAAGUAUAAUCACAAUACGAGUACCAUAAAUUUAUCCCUAUAUUGGUUUUGGAGAUACAAUUUACAACACGGAUAUAAUAAAACUGGAUAAGUUCAAAAUAAGUGAGUCAUCUCAAAUACUUAAAAUAAUUGGCAUGUUAUGAAAACAUUUGAAGUGAAACGAAAAAAACAAGUUUUGUUCAGUUGUGUAGGGCUAUUGUAAAAGCAGAAAAAGCAAAGACAUAUUUUAAUAAGGCAAAUAUUCGUGCAAAUGAACUUUAACCUUCGUGAAUCGCAACCCACUGCCACGAAUGCGUGUCUGAUAAAUAUACAGCCAACAUGUUUGGAAUUUUAGCAGCGACGAAUUUGAAAGUCAACAUAUGGAUUAUUAUUCUCUUUGUCUUUCCUCUUUUAUCGCUAUUUUUCGCAGUAAGGGGAUACAAAACCCUACAGAAGGCCAUCGAUUCAAACGAAUUAGAAUGGAGCGCACGUUUCCAGGUGGAACCAAGGGCUCAUCAGGUGCCUGGAAACAGAACACGAAUUCUGGAAAAUUACUUGUCCAUCUUGCAAAGAGGAGACCACGUAGCAUGGCGGCGUUUGUACUACAUUUGGCACCAUGCGAUCGUGGAGGAAGUGUACGUAAAUGAAAAUAAAGGCUUGGUCAUUCAGUGGCAUAUCGGAACAUCGAUGGAGAAUAAGACUGAGAUUCUCAAGGAAAAUGUUACUCUUGUAGGUCGAGAUCCGUUUUAUCGCAUUAAUUACUCGCAUAAUGACUCUUUGUCGGUGAAUGUUACAAUGCAAAGGGCAAACUCGUUGAUCGGGCUAAAGAAUUAUUCAUUAAUUUAUAAUAACUGUGAGUCGUUUGCAUCUUUUUGUAAAACAGGACAUUCCGAAUCACUUCAAGUGAGAUGGUUAUGGGAAAAGCGAGAAGAAAUAAAACUUCUGACUUACGGACGGAUGACAAUGAACAUUGUUACUCUGCUUAUAAAGAGCGUACCACACUUUAUCUAUUUCAAAGUGAGCACACACGAAAUGACCAAUCAAUGGAUUUAUGCAUCCUCGCUGCAUGGUUCAAUAUUUGUAAUCGUAUUCGAGUGUUUGUUUAUGUUAAUUGAUUUGAAUGAAAUAAUUCAUUUCAACAUUUCCAAUAAACUAACACAUAGUCCAUUCCUUUAUUCUGUGAUCGGAAGAUGCACGGAGACUUUAGUCAUGGUAAUGUUAAACAUGUUCUCUGGAUUCAUGGUGAAGACAGUUUAUGAAACUCUGAUUGUCUUCUGCUCCGCUUUAGAGCCAUAUAACGCAGCUUUGUUCAUGAUGGCCGUUGAAUAUUUCACCACAAGUGUGUACUGGACAUACGUGGUAGCACUCGGUGGAAGAGUGUUUGGCACGUUUUGGAGUUACAUUUUUGAAACGGCAUUAUUGAUUUAAUUGUCGAGCAUCUUGAUAGAAUAUUUGCAUAAACUAAGUCUAUUAAAACAAUGAUCAACUAUAUAUUAUUACGUUUGUUGGGCAUACAGGUCCUGCUCAACAAAAAAGAACUAUAAAAGAAGUAUACGAGUAAAGCGUUGAAGCUUAAAACGGAUAUUAUACGUUGGAAAACAGAAUUACGAAUGCUUGUCAACUCAGCAAUAAAGAUUUAAGUUUCGCGAAUUUAUAGGUUUUUAUAACGCGUUCUCAAUUAUUUUAUGCAUAUCUAAGAAUUUUUGGUUUAUGUUUUUUG